CAUCUCACCAAGCAGUCCUCGUGGCCAGCUACUCUGCCCUCGUCUUCAACAUAUCUGCAGCAAUAAGUUGUUCAAUUACAUAGGCAUACAUGGCAACAAGCGUUCUGGACCUCAACUCUGCCCCUCCAGAACAAUUGGAUGGUGAAUUAGUACCUGCUGAAGGUGAGAACGCAGCUGGCAAGGAAGGCGAUGCUCCCAUUCAAGCUGCAGGUGUUCCUCUAGCAACACGUUUUUCCCUAGACAUCAACUCUACUCCAGAAUUAGUUGAUGAAAUCGUACCUGGAGAUGAGGCUAUAGGCAACGAGGAAAUUGAUGCUAUGGCUCAGGAUGAAGAAGACAUUGUCCCUGCUCAAGAUGAAGAAGACAAUGCUCCCAUUGAAGCUGCAGGUACAACAUACGUAUUGAAAAAUUGACAUGCAAAAGGAUUGGUUACCUUGCUAAAAA